AUGGCCCUGGAGCCCCAACUUUCAACAGCAGUUACACAUAAUUCAACUAAAAAUCUAACUUUGGAAAUUCAUAAGUCAAUCUCAUCAUUUCCAACCAAGAUCAUUAGUUCGCAAAAUUUCGAAGAAUUUGAUAGAUGCGGAACAGCAAUUUGGAACACAUGUACACGUCUUCGACGUGAUAUUGAGUUCAACGAGAAUGAUGAAGGAAACUAUUUGCUUUUUUUAGCAAGAAUAUUUGCCUUCUUCCUGCUAGAUUGUGCGCAUCAAUGCGGCGAAGCUCCUGCUGGAAAUUUACUAAGAUUGAUUAAAGUUGGAAUUAAGGCAGCGAAGAAUUGCAUAGACCGCAAAGAUUGUGAUAUGGCCCUCAGAGUUCUAGGAAAAGUUGGUGGAUAUCAGGAUUCGUUGAAAGUGCUUGGAGAGGAAUCCGACAAAAAAACUCGGCAUAGUUGUGAGAGAGCAUGGCACAUGGAGCAAUUUGAUAUUGCUGAACAUAUGUUUUGCAAGGCAACUUCUUCAGAAAAUAUACUCGAUGAUAGCACUGCUGAGAGCUUAGGAGAUACUCUCUAUGAAAUUGGAAGAGAUCUCCUCAACAAACAACAGUACUCAAUGGCAGUGAAGUGGCUUCGCAGAGCUUUUGGUAUCAUUAAUAGCCAUGAACUCGACAAGCUUAGCAAGGAUGCUAGUGCACUCAGAAUCUCAAUACAACAAUCAUUGAUCAAAGCACUACUAGGGCUUCAAGACAAUGACUCGCUUGAAGAAGCUCAAAAUUGGCUUGACAUGCUUGAGCUUGAGGUUGGUGAUAAACUAGUUGUCCUUCUUCUACGACUAGAGGCAAUCUCUGUUUGUUCUGGCGAUAAAUUUGACAGCAAUGCUUACAGCGACGUAUUACAAAGACUCAUGGCUAUAGUUCACCUCACUGAGUCAAAUUUUAGGCUCUUGAUGUAUCAUGUACGAAGAUUGAACGAUAAGAGCCCAAAUCUAGCAUGUCGCGCACUUGAGAUCCUAAAUACACGAGUGAUGAGAGAAGAUAGGGAUGAAUAUGUCGAGAAAAUUUUGAUCACUCGCCUUUGGAUGGCAGUUGAUUAUAGAGAUACUCAAGGUCAAAUUUUACAGCUUGAAACUUUAUUCUCAGAGCUUGUAGCAAAUUUAAAAAGUCCUAUUAGCUCUGUGGCAACUCUUGCAGCUCACACACUGUUAUGGAAAAAAAUCGAAUCUAAUUACAUGAUUGGACACUAUGAUGCAGCAGAAAACUGGUGCAAAUUGGCCAUGCAUAAAAUAUUUGAGAAAUCAGGAGACCUUAACAUGGCUAGGAUCUCGAGAAAGCUUUUACUGUGCGCUCUUGCUAAGAAUGAGAUAAAUACUGCCAAAGAAAUUUUUGCUUCAAUGUCAGAAGUUGGGAAAAAUGAGCCUAUGUCUCGAUUUUUAAUGUACAAGAUUGCCAAUCGUUGUGGUGAUAGCGAAAUGGCAGUUGAAUGUCUCCACAAAAUUAGCUCAGCUAGUAUAAAAGAUCCAACUCUUCUACAAGCAUGUUGCCUUGAUGCUCAGCAAAUGGGAAAUAAGCCGCAGCUACUAGUAACUCUCCAACUUAUUAUUGAGGAAUACGCCCAUGAUUCAUCUUCAGGUAUUCACUUGCCGUCACUGCUUCGUUUCACCAUUGGUCUGAUGAGCGGAAUGCUCGAGGAAGCAAAAAAAUCGGGUUCGCAGGGUAACAAUGAUAUUAUUGAGAAGCUCUGUGUAGCUUUCGAAAGUGCUAUCUCUUCAGUUCGAAAUGCAAGGAUUUCCACAAAGACUGAAGAAAAAUUAUGGACUGUAGAUGAGCAUGACUGGUACUCAAAGAACUCGUACUCUAUCGCAAUUAAACAUUUUACUGAGUGGGAUCCUCGACAAACGUUGAGAAUGAUUAAGUGCUGCAUCGGAUUCAUCGAUUAUUACCCUCCCGAUCCUUGCGGGCAGAUAUCGACUAAUCACCAAUUACGAAAACUAUUCUGCGAAUUUUCUGCUGCAACGGUAUCGAUUAUUCUAGCUCGUGCUGAGGAAAAUAUUGAAUCACAACUUCAAUGUUAUCUUGAGGUGCGUAAGCAUGUAAAAGAAUUUAUCACAAUAAUUCAACACAAAUUUGGCACACUAGACGGAAAAACACAGCUGGACUUAAAUAGGAAGUUUCCUAUUAUAAGUGCCUUUGAUUUUGAGGCGGCAUGCCGGCUCAAAUCCUGGGAUGACCUUGAGCAAAUAAUAGCAAAGAAUCAUUCAUUUAAAAAUAUACAAGCGUAUGAGAUUAUGGCAGAUUGUAUAUUAUGUGCUGACGCACCAACAAAAGUUAUUGUAACUAUACUUGGGAAGAUAGUUAGUGAGGCUUGGAAGAUCGAGGACCUGAAUACUAGCAAGUUGGCGAAAUAUAUGCGUUGUCUAUUCCAAAUUGCCAUUGCAGAGAACACUGAAAUUGCAGAGGAGCUUUUAGAUCAGGUCUGUCGAUAUGCCGAAGAGGCUUCUAAAAAAAAUCAAAAAUAUCCAUCGGAAGAACUCGAGUGGAUUGCCACACGUGCAUUUAAUCAUGCUGUGGAUCUGUACUGCUGGAAUGAUGAUAAUGGGUGCCUGAGAUGGUCUAGUAAGGCCUUGAAUAUUUCCCAUUAUUGUACAGAUAAUGGGGCACUAAAAAAAACAUUGCAGGACAAGUUAAUCAAAUUGAAAUUAGAUGUUUGA